GAUUGGUCGGGGCCCGGUCGCCGGUGCCCGAGCGAUAAGAUGGCGGCGAUCCGCUCGGUGAAGGGGAUGGUUGCCCUGGUGACGGGGGGAGCCUCGGGGCUCGGCCGAGCCACUGCCGAGCGCCUGGUGCGCCAGGGAGCGAGCGCUGUCAUCGUCGACCUGCCCUCCUCCAACGGGGCCGAGGUGGCCAAGGCCCUGGGGGAGCGCUGCGCCUUCGCACCGGCGGACGUCACCUCCGAGCCGGACGUCAGAGGUGCCAUGGCCCUAGCGAAGGAGAGGUUCGGGCGACUGGACAUCAAUGUCAACUGCGCUGGCGUCGCGGUGGCCGUCAAAACCUACAACUUCAAGAAGGAGGUCGUCCACAGCCUGGAGGACUUCCACAGGGUGAUCAGUGUGAACGUCUGUGGAACCUUCAACGUGCUCCGUCUGGCAGCGGCCGAGAUGGGCAGGAACCAGCCGGAUGCGGAUGGGCACAGGGGCGUGAUCAUCAACACUGCCAGCGUGGCUGCUUAUGACGGGCAGGUCGGGCAGGCCGCCUACGCCGCAUCGAAGGCGGCAUCGUGUCGAUGACCCUCCCCAUCCGCUCGGGACAUGGCCCCCCAGGGGAUACGAGUGGUCACCAUCGCCCCAGGCCUGUUCUCCACCCCUCUGCUGGAGGGGCUCCCGGACAAGGUUCGUGCCUUCCUGAGCCGCCAGGUGCCCUUCCCCAGCCGGCUGGGGCAGCCCGAGGAGUUCGCCCACCUGGUGCAGGCUGUGGCGGAGAACCCCAUGCUCAACGGCGAGGUCAUCCGGCUGGACGGCGCCAUCCGAAUGCAGCCUUAGGGAGCCAUGGGUGGGGGUGGGGGUGUGUUUUGUGUGGUGACUGCAGAUGGACAGGGACCAGGGAGGAGCCGCUGGUCCCCCCCCCCCCCCCCCCCCAGAGUCCGUCCCUGGUCCCAUGGUCCUGUCCCGUCCCCUCUCCCCACCCGAACUCGGUGGUGGGGACCACCCCCCAUCGUCUGGGUCCUCGGUCACCGGUCCUGGUGGAGUUACCAUGUUCUCCGUGUGCUGGCAUGUGUUUACGUACACUUACACGCGUGUGUGUGCAGUUGUGGGUGUGGACCCCUGAGCGAUUUGGGGGGGUGGGCGAUGGCGAGGGGGCUUCACGUGGUACCCUGCCUGAGCCCCGAGCGCCAGCGGUCGUUGGAGUCGCCCCAACAACCCCCCCCCUCCCU